AUGGCGACCAGCGCCCUCGGCCUGCUCGCGAGCUCGUACGAGGAGGACGACGACAACGAUGAGCCAGCCGCGGCGGCAGCGAGCACGUUGCUGGUCGUCAACCCCACGCCGGCGGUGGUGGGCGACUACGGCGGAUCGUCGGCGUCGCAUGCGCUCGCGCUCGCGCCCGUCAUCACCGAGGACCGGAAGCACGGCCAGCAGAUCAUGAAGGCCAACCCGACGUACGAGGAGAUGUGGGCGCCCGAGCAGGGGCCGUCGCUCGACGUGACUGCGCAGCGGGCGGCUGGGAUCAAGUCGAAGCACCGGUUCGUCGGGCACGUCGCCAAGAUGACACCCGCCACCGACUUCGCCUUCGACGAGCAGUACCACACCUUUAACGCCUACGGCUUCGCCGCCGACCCGUCGACGCACCUCGGGCCGUCGGGCCAGGACGCGGCCGCGGGCCCGCAGCAGGCGCCGGCGGCGGGCGUGGCGGUGCCGACGGAGGCGCCGGAGCUGACCGCCGAGCAAAAGGCGGCGAUCGACGCGCGGCUCAAGCAGGAGAAGCGGAAGUACGAGGGGCGCGAGGACGCCGCCGAGCAGUCCGCGAUGGAGGCGUGGCCUCGCGGCUGCGGCAGGAGGUGCGCGGAGCGGGCGGUCUUCCACGGCUCCUCGAUGGUGGACUACCAGGGCCGCUCCUGGACGACGCCGCCGACGGACGUGCGCGAGGAGGAGCACGAGUGCUUCAUCCCCAAGCGGUGGAUCCACACGUGGUCGGGCCACACCAAGGGGGUGGCGGCGAUCCGCUGGUUCCCCGGCAACGGGCACCUGCUGCUCUCCGCGGGCAUGGACCACAAGGUCAAGAUCUGGGACGUCUUCAACACGCGCAAGUGCGUGCAGACCUACAUGGGCCACGCGGCGGCGGUGCGCGACAUCCAGUUCACCAACGACGGGAAGCGCUUCCUCACGUGCUCCUAUGACCGCUACCUCAAGCUGUGGGACACGGAGACGGGCCAGUGCAUCUCCGCCUUCACCAACCGCAAGCUGCCCUACUGCUGCACCUUCAACCCGGACGACGACAAGCAGCACGUCUUCCUCGCCGGCUGCUCCAACAAGCACAUCGUGCAGUACGACACGCACACCGGCAAGGUGGAGCAGCUCUACGACCAGCACCUCGCCGCGGUCAACACGAUCACCUUCGUCGAGAACAACGCGCGCUUCGCCUCCACCGCCGACGACAAGAAGAUGCUCAUCUGGGACACAUCUGCCGACCCGACCCUCCACUCCAUGCCUGCCGUCACAAAGACGCCAAACGACCAGUGGCUCCUCUGCCAAAACCUCGACAACCAGAUCACAACCUACUCCGCCGCGGGCCGCUUCAAGCACAACCGCAAGAAGGCGCGCUUCGCCGCCCCCACCUUCAAGGGCCACAUCGUCGCCGGCUACGCGUGCAAGCCCGACAUGUCCCCGGAUGGCAACUACGUCAUGUCGGGCGACAGCGACGGCCGGCUCUGGUUCUGGGACUGGAAGAGCGGCAAGGUGUUCCGGAAGCUUAAGUGCCACGACCAAGUCUGCAUCCAGGCGAUCUGGCACCCCGUGGAGCCGUCGCGCGUGGCCACGUGCUCAUGGGACGGCACCAUCAAGUACUGGGACUGAGGAGGGAGCUACACGUCUCCCGAAGUCCCGAUGUGCCACACACCGAUAACGAUACGUACACGCAAUACGGGGCCGCGAGCGCGAAAGGGCUGCGAGGACAUAUGAGAUUAACGCGGUGCAUGGCUGUUACGACUACCUAUCUCUGAUUGUGUACUCUUACAGGUAGUUUGUUUAAACGGC